AUGGUCCAACGGUACACCGAAGAAGAAUUGCUUGCCCUCGAGUCCCACGGUGUGCUUCCUGCUGGCAUUGAUCUUACUUCAUUUGUCCAGCUGAUCGACGACGUUCGGGAAGCCCUGAGAGACGUCGAUGACCAGGGGCUGAGGAGAAAGUCGUUCACGGGAUUUAAGAAAAGACAACCAAAGGAGCUGAAACAAACCGACGAGGAGGGCUGGACCUCGUUUGUCACUCCAAAGCCGAAGAAAAACGCCGCUCAAGACGACAAACAGGAAAUCAAACAACACACAAUGAAAGUCAAGACCAGCAGUUCCAAGAUCUCUUCUGGCAAAGCCAGCGUGGACACUCGGGACACUAUUGCCAUCACUCAGGUGUCCAAGUUCAAUGCGUUCGAUGCUUUGAACGAUGAGGACGAAGCUAUCGAGAGCGAUGAGGAGUGA